AUGGCUCAGAACAGAGGUAACGGAGGGGUCGACAACAUUGCCCAUGGUAACGAUGAGAAUAGAAAUGCUGGGAUAGCAGCGGAUAAUGUUGGAGGAAUAGGAGUUGCACCAGUUCAGCAACCAAUGCAAAGAAGUUUGCGGGACUAUGUGUUACCUACUGUAACGGGGGCACAGUCGUGCAUUAGACCUCCAACGGUUGAGGCUAAUAAUUUUGAAAUUAAGCCUGCUAUUUUGCAAAUGGUACAAUCAUCAGUUCAGUUUGGGGGAUUGCCAACGGAAGAUCCAAACUUACAUUUGGCUAAUUUCCUAGAGCUUUGCGCCACAUUCAAGAUGAACGGAGUGACAAGCGAUGCAAUGAGGUUGAGACUAUUCCCGUUUUCAUUGAGGGACCGAGCAAAGAGUUGGCUUAUUUCUCUGGAAGCCAAUUCUAUAACAACAUGGGAGGAGCUGACUCAAAAAAUUUUAGCAAAAUUUUUCCCACCAUCGCUGUCUGCAAGGUAUAGAGGUGAAAUCAACAAUUUUCACCAAAAAGAUGGUGAAUCGUUGUAUGAUGCGUGGGAGAGGUUUAAGGAGCUGUUGAGAAAAUGUCCCCAUCAUGGAAUCGAAAAAUGGAUGCUAGUCCAUAUUUUUUACAAUGGUUUGUGUGGUACUACUCGCACAAUCAUAGAUGCAGCGUCCGGAGGAGCGUUCAUGAGUAAAAGCGCUAACCAAGCUUAUGAUCUGUUGGAGGAAAUGGCCAUGAAUAACUAUCAAUGGCCAUCAGAAAGAGAAACCAAUAAGAAGGUGGCUGGAGUGCAUGAAUUGGAUGCCAUUUCAAUGUUGUCAGCUCAAGUGGCAACUUUAACUAAACAGUUACAGCAGAAUAACAUUCAUGCUCAGGCUCCAGUGAUGCAAAUGCAGAUAGUUUGUGAGUUAUGUGGGGGGCCUCAUUUAUUUGAACAAUGCACGAAUAGGGAUUUUAACAAUAUGCCUAUGGAGCAAGUGCAAGCAAUAGGGAACUUCCCAAGACCUUCCAACAACCCAUAUUCCAUGAAUUACAAUCCAGGGUGGCGGAAUCACCCAAACUUUUCGUGGACAACUGGGCAAGGUAGUCAGCCGCAGUUUCAGCAGAGCCAACCUCACUAUUCAAGGCCUCCUCCUGGAUUUUAUCAAUCACAAAUUAGACCACCACAAAAGCAAAUACCUAUGAGGCAACCUAAAGCACAACCUGAUGUACUUAAUCAAUUUAUGACAGAAACGAGGGCAUCUAUUCGAAGCUUGGAAACUCAGAUUGGACAGUUGGCCACGUUAAUGGCAAACCGAGCUCAAGGGAACUUGCCAAGCACUACUGAAGUGAACCCGAAGGGAAAUCUUAAUGAACAGUGUCAAGCUAUUACCUUGAGGAGCGGAACAGUGUAUGAGGGACCAAGUAUAGAGAAGAAAGUUGAGCAGAAGCAGGAUCAACAGGCACCUAUCACAGAGAACAAGCAGAAAAGGGGUAAAGUUGAAGAAGUUAAUGAGAACCUUGAGACAAAGCAGCCAGAAAUAAGCAUAGAUCACCAUAUAAAGAUCCCAUAUCCUCAGAGAGUUGAUGUGGUGGAAAGUAAGGGUGAUAAGCUGAAAUUUACUAAGAAGAAAUCUAUGGUUGAAGGUGGCAAGCGAACAAUUCGUCAUAAAAUGAAAAAGAUCUUUAGUGAGAAAGCUCGAUUGUUUCACGAGCGAUGGAAAGUUCCAAAAAUGUGCAAUGUCAAGAAACGAGCGUCUUCUCAUGAUAUUAUGGCUCUUAAGGACAUGAGGGGUGGUUUGGAUCCGAGUUGA